AUUUUCCGAUCUCACCUAAUAAAGACCUAAGAUUGUAGGGGAAAAAAAGAGGAAUUUUCUUUAUGUUGGCGAUGAAAAGGGAUUCUAACGUGCCCAAGGCGAUGACGAUAUCGCCAUCGUUGUUCGUCAUGUUACUGUGGGCUUUGAGUACUGCUCCCGUGGGUGACGCCAUUUGGUUGAAUCUUCCCAAAACUGGUACUAAGUGCGUCUCCGAGGAAAUUCACAGCAACGUCGUUGUUUUAGCCGACUACGUCGUGGUUUCCGUCGACGACGGUCAAACCGCUCCCGUUGCCGUCAAGGUGACAUCUCCGUAUGGAAACGAUCUUCAUCACCGGGAGAAUGUGACGUACGGGCGAUUUGCGUUCACGACCGAGGAGGCUGGCAAUUACCUAGCAUGUUUCUGGUCGGAUAAUCAUUCUAGUGCAACUGGUGAAAUUGUUGUCAACAUUGACUGGAAAACUGGAAUUGCAGCUAAAGACUGGGAGUCAGUUGCCAGAAAAGAAAAACUUGAGGGGGUCGAGCUCGAGCUGAGGAAACUGGAAGGAGCCGUAGAGGCCAUUCAUGAGAACCUACUCUAUCUGAAAAGCAGAGAGGUAGAGAUGAGGAGCAUGAGUGAGACCACCAACGCGAGAGUUGCGUGGUUUAGCAUCAUGUCAUUGGGCACAUGCAUCGUAGUCUCAGGCCUGCAAGUGUGGUAUUUGAAGCGAUUCUUCCAAAAGAAGAAGCUUAUCUAAACA